AUGGAAGUGGAGGUCGCGGGGGACGAGAAGGUCGGGUCGGCGGCGGGCGAGAAACGGGGACCCGCCGAGCCCCCCGCAGCCGCCGCCACCAGCGGCCAUUACGAGCUGCCCUGGGUGGAAAAAUAUAGACCGGUGAAGCUCUGUGAAAUAGUUGGGAACGAGGACACCGUGAGCAGACUGGAGGUCUUUGCAAAAGAGGGGAAUGUACCAAAUAUUAUAAUUGCUGGUCCUCCAGGAACAGGUAAAACCACAAGUAUACUCUGCUUGGCUCGUGCUCUGCUUGGUCCUGCUUUAAAGGAUGCUGUUCUGGAGCUAAAUGCCUCAAAUGACAGGGGUAUUGAUGUUGUGAGAAACAAAAUCAAAAUGUUUGCCCAGCAGAAGGUCACACUUCCAAAAGGUCGGCAUAAAAUAAUCAUCCUUGAUGAAGCAGACAGCAUGACAGAUGGAGCACAGCAAGCAUUGAGAAGAACAAUGGAAAUUUAUUCCAAAACAACACGCUUUGCACUUGCAUGCAAUGCCUCCGAUAAAAUCAUAGAACCUAUUCAGUCUCGAUGUGCAGUGCUACGUUACACCAAGCUGACAGAUUCACAAAUCCUUGCAAGGCUACUGAAAAUUGUUGAGAAGGAGGAUGUACCAUAUACAGAUGACGGACUAGAAGCCAUUAUCUUCACAGCUCAAGGAGACAUGAGACAGGCAUUAAACAACUUACAGUCCACAUAUUCUGGAUUUGGCUUUAUAAACAGUGAAAAUGUUUUUAAGGUAUGUGAUGAGCCUCAUCCUCUGCUUGUGAAAGAAAUGAUACAACACUGCAUCAAUGCAAAUAUUGAUGAAGCAUACAAGAUUCUUGCCCACCUGUGGCGACUUGGAUACUCUCCAGAAGAUGUGAUAGGAAACAUCUUCCGUGUGUGUAAAACCUUUCAAAUGCCAGAAUAUCUGAAAUUGGAAUUUAUCAAGGAGAUUGGAUACACUCACAUGAAGAUAGUGGAAGGGGUGAACUCGCUCUUGCAGAUGGCUGGACUGCUAGCCAGGUUAUGCCAGAAGACUGCAGCCCCUGCAGCAAGCUAGAGUAUUGACUGCGCUGCAAGAUUCCCUCAUGCUGGAAGAUGAAGGAAUGGUGUGAGAUAAGUGACUAUGUGUAAGAGCUGCAUGUCCCCCAAAUUCUAGCUGCAAAGAGCCUGUCCUCUGGUUUUACUAAAUGCCAGAAAAAUAACCAGGUUCUAUUGUAAAAAAAAAAUGAACUGUG